GGCGAACACCGAACCAGCGCGCCAGUAUGAUGUAUGGUUGCGACCUCUGUUGCUCUAUGCCAUUUUGCAUUUGUCGUCGACCAUGAAACUCCUCGGGCUUGUUGUCUGCGUCGUCGCAGCAGUGAUGAGUGGCGUCGCGUCGGCGUCCUGUGGCCCGGUCGAGGCCAACAUUGACUACUGGGGCAACGACAUCACACAAACGAAGCAGUCGUCCGCGGAUCGGUGCUGCACCGACUGCGCAGCCACAGCCAACUGCGUGGUCGCGACGUGGCGCGCGGGUACAUGCUACCUCAAGCACACGAAGGCCAACCGGUACAGUUCGGACGGCGCCAUGUCCAUUUCGCCCACCCCGACAUCGACGUGCGGCGCGACCGAGACCGACAUCGACUACUACGGCAACGACAUCAAGCAGACCAAGCAGGGAUCCGCCAACGGAUGCUGCGCCGACUGCGCGGCGACGGCCAACUGCGUCGUGUACACGUGGCGCGACGGCACGUGCUACCUCAAGCACACCAAAGCCAACCGGUACACGUCGACGGGCGUCAAGUCGGCGUCGAUGACGUCGUCGUCGUCGUCGCAGGUGUGCGCCCCGAUCGAAGAAAACAUUGAUUACUACGGCAACGACAUCAAGUUCACCAAACAACCGAACGCCGACGCCUGCUGCGCCGACUGCGCGGCGACACCUGGCUGCAUCGUCUACACGUGGCGCGACUACGGCUACGGCGACACCAAGUGCUGGCUCAAGAGCGCCAAAGGCGCGCGCGGGCUCUGCAACGGCGCUCAGUCGGCGUCGAUGCAAUCUUCGAGCAAUAUUUGCCGCCCGAUCGAAGAAAACACCGACUACCCGGGCAACGACAUUGCGCGCCUCAGUCGUGCGACCGCCGGCGAGUGCUGCGACGACUGCCGCGCGCGGGCCGACUGCGUCGUCUCUGUGUGGUACGCGGGGCUGUGCUACCUCAAGAAUGCCAAGGGCAACAAGGUAUACGUGUCGGGGGCGCGCGCAGCGUCGGUGGGGGGCGUUACGCCAACGCCGGCACCGUCGCCGUCGGGGGGCACUCUCAAGGACCAGAUUUUGCGCCAAACCAACUUGAUCCGCAAGGCGCAUGGCUACACGACACUCGUGGUGUGGGACGACAAGCUCGCCGCCGACAUGCAGGCGUGGGCCGACUCGUGCCCGCAAAAGAACGGCGGCGGCCACGGCGGCCCCCCCGGUGCGCAGAACCUCGCGGGGUUCGACGAGUGCAAAACCAACUGCAACCGCCAGGUCGGCGCCGCCUGGAACUGGUACGACAGCGAGCAGCAGCUCUGGAGCUACGAGCGCGACGCGUGCGCCAACGGCGACUGGAUGACGUGUGGCCACUUUCAAAACUCGAUGAACAAGGGCGUGUCGGCCAUCGGCUGCGGCUGGUCCACAUGCUACAACCCCAAUAUCAACGGCCAGGACUCGCUUGUCUGGUGCAACUACAUUGGCGUGUCCGACCCGCCCGAGAUCCCGCGCCCAAACAUGGCCCGCGAAGCGAUUCUCGCCAGUCUCACGGCCUAGUCGACCACAGUAACACUAGUAUUUGUUUUUGAAUUGUGUACAAUUUAGAUGGUUUUAUAUCGAUACA